AGCCUGCUAUGUCUAGUCACGAGCCAAGAUUCAUGCAAAACAAGUCCUACUAUCGUACACCAUUCCGGAGACGGCAGUUUCCAAAGGUUCUGUAUCCUCCUACCAAUUCGGGAAAUGUGGCCGGUGCGGGAACGUGGGAGCUGUUACACCCUGGUCAACCUCAAACCCUACCAUAUUGCACAUCUCUUAUGUUCUUCCCCGUAUGGGUAGGUCUGUAAUCUGUCCGACUGAGCUUGGUACCAGUGUAAACCAAUGAAACAAAAGGGUGGAAAUGCUGACCAAAUAUGGAUUCCUGCCUGGGUUUAUCACUGGGCUGCGGUACUACUGGGGCAACGUUGCAAGCUUGUGAUAUGUCCAGGCUUAGUAUGCGGACUAUAAAAGCUUCACGAUGGCCCCACAGAUCAAGUAGCCCAGAGGAUUUCCUGAUAUCAAAUGCAACAUGAAGUUUUCCACCUCUCUCGUCGCGCUAUGCGCAUCUUGGUCGCUCGCGCUCACCAUCCCAGCGCCAGACCUCCCUACAGAUGUCCAAUUUCGCGCCCCAAAAGAAGAACUACUUACUCUAGAGCUCGCACCAGGCCAAACAAAACAGGUGACGGAGGCAGAAAAAUGGGCACUCGUCGCGAAAGGCGUCCACUUCAUGGACAUAACCGACUACGCGGACCUCCACGAAUUCUCCCAAAACCGCAUGUCGAUCCAAGCAACCGUCUGGCCAGCCUCGAUGACCCAGUCCACCGCCGUCAAGGCCCUGCUGCCAAAACUCAACAAGACGAACAUCCAAACCGACCUCGAAACCUUCAGUGCCUAUUAUAACCGGUACUACAGGAGCGCUACGGGGAAGUCGUCUUCGGAGUGGCUUCUCUCUCGCGUGCAAGCUGUGAUUCGUGAUUCGGGUUCCACGAAAGCGUCGGCCCGCGCCUUCACGCAUACUUCGUGGACGCAGAAUAGUAUCAUUGCGACGAUCCCUGGGAAGAGCAGUAACACGAUUGUCCUUGGUGCUCAUCUUGACUCCGUAGGGAGCACUCCCACGGGGAGAGCCCCCGGCGCGGAUGACGAUGGCAGCGGCACCAUGACGAUCCUUGAGGCUAUGCGCGUGCUGCUGACUGACCCGCUUGUGGCGAGCGGACAAGCUGCGAAUACCAUUGAAUUCCACUGGUAUGCAGCGGAGGAGGGAGGACUGCUUGGUAGCCAGGCGAUCUUCACGAACUACAAGAACAGCGGGAAGGUGGUGAAGGCGAUGUUGCAGCAGGAUAUGACGGGCUAUGUCAAGCCUGGAGUGAAGGAGGUCGUGGGCGUGGUUACUGAUUACGUGGACGCGGGCAUGACGACGUAUGUGAAGAAGGUCAUUACUGCUUACUGCGCAAUCCCCUACGUAGAGACAAAGUGUGGCUACGCUUGCUCGGACCACGGCAGCGCCUCCAAAGCAGGAUACCCCAGCUCUUUUGUUUUCGAGUCGGCUUUCGAGAACAGUAGCCCGUACAUUCAUUCCUCGAGUGAUACCCUCAGCACCGUCAAUUAUAACCAUAUGAUUGAGCAUGCUAAGCUGACGGUGGGAUUGGCGUAUGAGCUGGGGUUUGCGACCGGGCUUUAGCUAAUUAAGGGUUAAAUGCUCGGAGCUGAAGAUAUUCAUUAGAAGGCAAAGCCUAGUGGCAUGGGCCUGCGAUAGAUUACUGAACCGUGAACGAUUGAAAUUCUUUGGGAUAAUUGAGUGGUGGCGGUUGUUCUACCAGAUGAUGACCUCGAUGGAGUGCGGUAGUGGGCGAAAUCAGUGCAUGCCCGAUAUAGAUGCGCCUGGCUGUUGGCCAGCAUAGUCUUGUGGCAAAAGUGCGGUCGCCAUUUCAGAACUAUUUCUAAAAGGACGGCGCCUGAAGGGCGUGAAUCAUAUUAAAUUAAAGCACACGACCUCAUGCCAA